GUGAUCUUAGCACCGUGGGGCUGAGAGGGGGCGGGGAAAGGAACAAGACAGGCUGGAUCAUUUACUGCCGCUCCCUCUCACACGAGCCUCAGGCGUGCGGCCCUGCUACCCAGACCAUUGACCUCAUCACCGACCAGCUAGCCUGGCUCUUAUCGCUUGUGGAGCCCCCCUGUCCGAGUCAGCCUGCCAAGGAGACCCUCAACGGGGCCCAUAUUUCACUCAAGGGUUUGAUCUCCUGAGGUGGGAGGUGAGGCCGGGUUCCGCGCUGAGGGACCUGGGUAGGGUGUGCUGGCUGAGCUGAGAGGUGUGAGAAUUGGGAAGGUCCCGCCACCUCACCUCCCGCUAACCUGAGGUGGCGCCAGCCAUUCUGUUGCUCGUCCCCUUGCACUUCUCCAUUUCCUUUUAAGGCUUGAACAGGGCCUUCUGCUGCGGGUGCUAAGUGCGACCUUCGAACCCUGGUCAGAUUAAUGGUGAGGGGCUGCGUGACUAUUUCAUUUCACGGCUUCUGGGCAUUCUCCGCCUCAGGGCCUUUCUUAACCCAGAGGGUGGUUUCCCAGGUCCAGAAAAUGAGCUUGGAGAGGGGGCCACGUUGAGGGAGGCGAAGAGCAUUGUGGGGGCGUUAGGUAAAAGCAGGACCCCAACCGACAGAUAUUUCUUGAUCCUCGCGCUACCAGGGCACGUGGCGUUUUGCGCUUGUGUUAUUGGAAAGAUUCCAGGGCGGGAAAUAGCCCGGAGCAGCGCGCCUGCGUGCUCCAGUAUUGUUUUUGUUCGUCCCCCGCCCUCUCCCCAUUCAGCUGCGCAUGCGGCUGUGACUGUGGACGCCUUUGCUUAGAGUAGCGCCAUUUUGCAGUACGGAAGCUGCAAAGCAACGACUGGAACCUCCCCGCGAAUCGGCUUCCUGCUUCCGGACAAAUGUCAAGUCUGUUUUUGUUUGAGAAGAAUACCCCGAAAUAGGAUCCAGGAAGAUUUAAAGAGCCAGGCUGAUUGUUUUCCUUAAUGCCAUGUCCGGGUCCUCCCUCAUUAACUUUACCCCAGCCACUGACCCCAGUGAUCUCUGGAAAGAUGGGCAACUGCAGUCACACCCUGAAGAGCUGGAGCCCACCCUGGAUGGGGCUACAGCCCGGGCUUUCUAUGAAGCUUUGAUUGGGGACGAGGACAGCACCCCUGAUCCCCAGAGAUCUCAGCCUGAGCCUGCUAGAAAGAGGAAGAAAAGAAGAACGAUGAGGGAGACUACAGCAGGAGCAUCAGGAGAAGAUGGACAAAGGAGAUCCCUUGAGGCAGAGGACAAGAUGACCCAGCAGAUACUGAGGGCAGCCCAGGAGGGGGACCUGGCAAAACUGAAAAAGCUGUUGGAUCCCCAUGAGGCAGGGGGAGCUGGAGGGAAUAUCAACGCUCGAGAUGCUUUCUGGUGGACCCCACUGAUGUGUGCUGCCCGAGCAGGCCAGGGGGCAGCUGUGCGCUAUCUCCUGGGCCGUGGGGCGGCCUGGGUGGGGGUCUGCGAGCUGGGUGGCAGGGAUGCUGCUCAGCUGGCGGAAGAAGCAGGCUUCCCUGAAGUGGCCCGCAUGGUCAGAGAGAGCCCGGGAGAGACAAGGAGUCCAGAGAACCGGCCCCGAUCCCUCUCCCCCCAGUACUGUGAGACCUGUGAUGCCCACUUCCAAGACUCUAACCACCGUACAUCCACCGCUCACCUGCUCUCACUGUCCCGGGAUCUCCAGCCCCCCAACCUGCCCCUUGGGGUGCCUACCUCCAGCCCAGGCUUUAAGCUUCUCCUAAGGGGGGGUUGGGAGCCUGGAAAGGGACUGGGACCCCAAGGUCAAGGCCGUGCCAACCCCAUCCCCACUGUCCUCAAAAGGGACCAGGAAGGAUUAGGCUAUAGAUCAGCAGCCCAACCCCGAGUUACACAUUUCUCAGCUUGGGAUACACGGGCGGUGGCAGGGAGGGAGAGAGUCCCUAGAUUGACCACACUGAACCAGAAGGAGAAGAGAAGGCAGGAGGAGAAGGACAGAGCCUGGGAGCGGGAUCUGAGGACAUACAUGAAUCUUGAAUUCUGACCUCAGCAAGGUCUGACCCUGGUUUUGCGGCUGAAACCUGAACUUGGGCCCCUGAACUGGGUACUUGGGCUUCUACUUCCUGGGGUCUGUCCAGGGUACAAGCCUUCAGGUUUGAUAAGUGGGCUCUGCCCUUGGGAAACAGGUUGAGAAAUAAAUCAAGCUUUUCUCCCUC